CUUUAGCCCUCGAGCAUUCUGGGAGUCACAGUGCUGCCUCUCCCUCCUCCCUCGUUUCCUUAAUCAAUUCCGGCUCUGCGCGAAGGAGCGCCGCCGUUUCCGGGGAGGGGUGGCAAAGGAGAAAAGCGAGGGCGCAUGCGUAGGGACUCCACGGCCCGACAGGCCUCUGGAGUAGCGGUCCAACAGGCCUCGCGAGUAGCGGCCCAACAGGCCUCGCGAGUAGCGGCCCAGGGCCUUGUGGGGGAUGUAGUUCCCUAGCUGCGGACGCCGCGGCGCUGGGCCAGCGGAAGACUCGGUUUCCCAGAGAGCCGAGCGCGGCGCCAAAUGGAGGCCACCAGGUGGCGGUGAGCCGCCCACUACAGUGGAGCAGCUGAAAGGAGCCGGACUGAGGCCACCACGCCUGUGCCAGCAAGGGGCCUGUGCCAGCACGCCGGUGUCUGCACGGCGACCCUCAGACAGGGGAGGUGAGAGGAGGGCUUUCAGGGGGGCGGGGGUCCUCGGUCCCUUCCUCUGGACGACACCAUUCUUAACGCUGAUCCUGCCGCCUGCCUAGGGACAGUGGGUCUACAGGGCGGACGUGUCCUAAACGCAUGCGAUCGUCGGAAACGAACUUGGGCUGUUUUGGUCUAGGUGUGGUGUGCCCUGGGACACAUGGCUGAGGCAGGGGCAGGACAGCCCCUGGAGGCUGAGCAGGGGACAGAGUAUGACACCCUGCCUUCUGACACCGUGUCCCUCAGCGACUCAGACUCUGACUUCAGCUUGCCUGGCAGUGCUGAGAUGGCGGCUGUGUCCCCGGGGGUGCUGCCCUGGGAGGCCCAGGGGGACUCAGACCCCGAUGAGCCCGCUUUGCCUCUCAGGGGCCGCCCCUCGGCCUCGGCGCAGCCGUUCCACCUGAGGGACACGAGCUCCACCUUCUCCCGGCGCAGCCACAACAUCUUCGACUGUCUGGAGGGGGCAGCCAGGCAGCUACUGCCCGGUGACAGUGGGGACUCCGCACGGCCACCGGCGCCCUCAAGCCAGCCUGCGGCGGAGGGCCCAGGCGGAGCCGGCCAGAGCCCUGCCCUCCCGAAGCGGCCCCCCGUCCCUGACUAUGUGGCCCACCCUGAGCGCUGGACCAAGUACAGCCUGGAAAAUGUGGCCGAGGCCAGCGAGCAGAGCAAUCGGGCCGCCGCGCUGGCCUUCCUGGGCUCGAAGAGCCUGGCCGUCCCUGGUGACUACACGCCCUCUUUCAACCAGGACCCCUCCAGCUGCGGGGAGGGGAGAGUCGUCUUCACCAAACCGGCCCGGGCGGGCGAAGCCAGACCUGAGAGGAAGAGGGCCUUGAGGAAGGCAGGAGAGCCAGGCGGGGCUGCCCCUGGGAACCUGGGAGCGGCAGGGGGCGAGGGUCCAGUGGAGCUGGCCCACCUGGCGGGGCCUGGGAGCCCCGAGGCUGAGGAGCAGAGCAGCGCCCCCGGGGACCUUCAGGACGUGGGCUUGCUCCGGGGGGCUGCCCCCACUGGGUCAGAAGCCGGGCCUCCAGUGGUGGAGACCGUUGGCUUCCAUGGCAGCAGGAAGCGGAGCAGAGACCAUUUCCGGAACAAGAACAGACCCGAGGCCCCGGGUGCUGAGGUCUGAGAGAAGAGCCUGUUCGCCUGACGUUCCCUGACCAGGCUGGCGGAGGGGGGCGGCCGGGGUCACUGCCCGCCUUCGGAAGGGAGCCUGCAGGCUGCUAGUAGGAGGGACCAGCGUCCUGGGGCGGGGGGCGGGGGGGAGGCUCAGGGGAGUGGUCUCUGAGGCAGACAGCUUGCCUGCGGAUGGCAAAAGCCCUGCCCACCUUGUGGGGCAACAGUAAAGGUCGUGGGUAUUCCUCAGA